AUGGAGAGAAUAAGAGAUUUAUGUGAUAGUGAAAGUGAUAUUUCUGAUGAAGAAGAUGAUACUGGUAUAAAUAGUUUUGCAAAUAUUUUGAAACUUCAAAGUGAAUUUGCAGCUACUAAAUAUACAAGUUCAAAUAAUAAUAAUUUGAGUACUUCACUAGAUAAUGAAUUUCCUUUGACUUCAAAAGUUAUUUUACCAGAUUAUAGAGACAUUAAUAAGCCAAUAACUUCUAUUUCAUUUCCUUUAAAAGCUCACAGGAUGUUGUGUGGGAUAUUAGAUGGUACAGUACUAAUAUAUGAUUUCAAUUCAAUGUAUUCAAACAAUCUUAAUCCUUUGAAAAGUAUAGUUCCUUUGGAAAGCCAUGCAAUUCAAGCCUUAGAAUAUAAUAGGAGUGGUACUAUGUUCCUUACAGCCUGUGGUGAUUCAAGUUGCAGAAUAUAUGAUCAUAAUGGAGAUUUUCUUAAUGCUACUGUCAGAGGGGAUCCAUAUGUACGUACUGCUAAAUCUAACUUAGGCCAUACUCAUAUGAUAUUGGAUUUAAGUUGGCAUGCAAAUGAUCCAAAUAAAUUUUGGACAUCUGCUAUGGAUGGCACAAUUAGAUUAUUUGAUAUAAAUAGUAAACCAUAUGGAAUUGAUCAGUAUAUUCCUAGUAUAACAGCUAUUAAGUGCUUAGAUAAACGAAAUAUAAACAUUUCAUCAAUUUCUGUAAAUUCAAUAAGCACUUCAAAUUUAGGAAAUUGCAUUGCAGCUGGUUGUUCAGAUGGAUCUAUUCAGGUGUUUUCAUCAAAUAGUGGUGAAUCCUUCUCUGAAACUCCAAGCUUUGUGAUAAGAGAAGCUCAUAAACAGGAAUUAGGAGACAAAAAUAUAUGUGAUAUAAAAUUUUUAGAUAUUUUAACUGGAGACAUAUAUCUUAUGAGUAGAGGAACCAGUGAUAAAUCAUUGGCAUUAUGGGAUCUUAGAAAACCAAAAUAUCCAAUUAGUAAAGUGGUAAAUCUACCCUGUGAAACAAGUGAUAAAACAAAUAUUUGUAUAUCACCCUGCAAAGGGUAUAUAAUAACUGGUACAUCUGAAAUUUUGAGUGGUUCAUCAAAGGGUAACUAUAAAUUUGAUAAAAGAGGAGAUCUUUAUAUUUUUGAUAUUAAUGAACUUUUAUCUGAUUCCAAAAUAAAAGUUGAACCUUACGUGUCAUUUGAACAUGGGAUAUCAAUUUGUUCUUGGCCUAGUGAAAUUAAUCAAAUUAUUUUGGGCUUGGAUAACGGUCAAGUACAUAUUUAUUAUGAUGAGAAUUCUGGGAAAAGCAAUAAGGGUGCAUUACUUUUUGUAAAUAAAUACCAACAUCUAAAAUAUAAUGGAGCAUCUAAUAUAAGAACUGAAGUUUAUAAUGCAACUAACUUACCAUUGGGAUUCAAAGAAACUCGUAGUGGUGAAAUAAAAUAUGUGGGAAUAUCAUCUAAAAAUUCAAAAAUCACUGGACCUCAGCAAGAGUCAAUUAAAACAUUUCCUUAUUCAAAAGAAACAUCUAUAGAGGAUGAUUAUGAUAUAGUUUCAGCUUUAAGAUCUCAUAGAAGUAUUAACAAUUUAAAUAUGAAGGAUCCAUUAAGAAAUUCCAAUAAAAGGCAUCUAGACUGCUCAGAUUAUCAAGAUAGAGGAAAUCUAUUGAAAAAAGUGUCAAUAUGUCCUAGAUGUGGUCUUUGCAUGUGUAAAUGUAUAAAAUAUUGA